UGUAUAUAUAUGGGUACGGGGUGUUCUGUGGCACUACAAAGUGUAGACAUCUAUUGGAUAUAAAAUGACUAUUUCUUGUUGAUAAAAAAGGUUUGGCACCUAACCUCUUCAUAAAUAUAGGUUAGGAGAAAGAAAUAAAUUUAUUAAAAUAAUACUAAAAUGAAUCAAGCAGACGUUUCAAAAUUAGUAUCACAGUUAAAAUUUCGCGUCAACCCGCGACUAAGGAAGUUUCGAAACCCCGGAGGACCCGAAGAAAGAUUGAACAAACUUAGAAAAACAGUAACAGCACUUAUAAAACAUGAAAGAAUUGAAUUGAACUAUCCCAGAGCCGAUGAGGCCAGAAUGUACGCCGAAAGGCUUAUAUCAGACGCAAUCAGAUAUGGGGACUGUCACAGAACUACCAUGGAUGUUGCCAAUUAUUGGUUGACUGAAAAGCAACUAAUUCACAAACUUUUCAAGGUGCUUGCACCAAGAUAUGAGAAUUACAAUGUUUCUUACACCAGAUUAAUUAGUGUCCCUAGACCAUAUCCUGGUGAAAAACACCUGAAAGCAGUUCUCGAACUGAAAGGCAAUCCCUACCCAUCACUGUUACCAGACACAUCAACAAACAGGAAUAUGAUACAUAAUGUUCUGCUGGAUGAGGCAAAAAAAGCUUACAGGGCUCAAAAAUAUGCAGAAAUUGCUGCAAAAAUUGAUGCUGCUGAAGAGAAAUUCAUCCCUAAAUCUACUUCAAAACCAGACGCAGAAACUAGUAACUAAUUUUAAGGUGUAUAUAGAUUAAUAAAUUGUUUUAAAUUUA